UACCUCACCGCCACAGCAAGCCGCGAGGAUCGAGAAGGCGGACGCGCAAGGUCCAUUUUUAGGGUAAAGAGAUCUUUUUCCCACCCCUUUCGGUCCCGGAGGAUCUACCGGAUCGAUGGCGAAAAUGGACCGAAGCGUCGAACCACCGUUCCAUACGAUGAAUACCCGUCUUCUUCUUCAAAUGAGGGUAAACUAAUCAGCAAACAAAUGGUAGUACAACCAACAUCCAGUGGACAGAGUGUACCAAAGUGACAUUUCAAUAACACUAUAUCACACAAUCGAUUGCACGCGAGUCAUGGCUGUGGAGAACUCCGUCCUGCCCCCGCGCCCGGACUCGCUCUCAUUGCCCGUGGACCACAAGCCGGAAGGGGAGCAGGAGACGGUCAACGAGGCCCCGAUGCCUCCUGCCGACGACCAUGGUGUCUUCAACGUGUCUGAGGAGCUGGGCCACGUUGUCACCAGUGAAGUACCCAAAGUGAAGAGGUCGUUCCAAUCCAAGAUGGCCGAGCGGGAGGCCACAGUCAAUCAGACCAGGAAGAAAAUCCAACCAGAGAAAGAGAGAGGGCGAUUUGGGUGGGCUCGCGCUCGGCGCAAGAGGCAGCGCUACGUUGAGAAGAACGGCCGCUGCAACGUGCAACAUGGCAACAUGCGGGAGACCUACCGCUACCUGACUGACAUCUUCACCACGCUGGUUGACCUCAACUGGCGCUGCUCGCUCUUUGUCUUUGUCAUGGCCUAUGCCGUCACGUGGCUCUUCUUUGGUGCCAUUUGGUACCUCAUCGCCUAUUGUAGGGGCGAUCUGGAUCACCUGGAGGACGAGACGUGGACACCGUGCGUCAACAAUGUCAACGGCUUCAUUUCGGCCUUCCUCUUCUCCAUCGAGACAGAGACCACCAUCGGCUACGGCCACCGCGUCAUCACCGACCAGUGUCCCGUGGGCACCAUGUUGCUGCUGCUGCAAGCCAUCCUGGGCUCCAUGGUCAACGCCUUCAUGGUGGGCUGCAUGUUCGUGAAGAUCUCGCAACCCAACAAGCGGGCCGAGACGCUGGUGUUCUCCAAGCACGCCGUCAUCUCGCUGCGGGACGACAAACUGUGUCUGAUGUUCCGGGUGGGCGACCUGCGCAGCUCGCACAUUGUGGGCGCUAACAUGAGGGCCAAGCUCAUUAAGUCCAAGCAGACGCAGGAGGGCGAAUUCAUCCCCCUGGAUCAGACGGACAUAAGCGUGGGCUUCGAGACGGGCGACGACCGCCUCUUCCUGGUGUCGCCGCUGGUAAUAUCGCAUGAGAUUGACGCUCGCUCGCCCUUCUGGGACAUGUCACAGUCGCAGCUAGAGAAGGAGGACUUUGAGAUCGUGGUCAUCCUAGAGGGAAUGGUGGAGGCAACAGGCAUGACGUGCCAAGCCCGAAGUUCCUACUUGGCUGAGGAGGUGCAAUGGGGCCACCGCUUCAGUCCCAUGAUGUUGCUGGCUGAGGGCUUCUUUGAUAUUGACUACGGUGCUUUCCAUCACACCUUCGAGGUAGACACGCCCUCCUGUUCGGCACGAGAGCUCUCAUUGGCUGCCGCCAGGUUGGACGCUCACCUCUACUGGUCCAUCUCCAGCCGGCUGGACGAGGAGCCCACCCUCGUCCAGCAAGCCACCGAGGAGCCGCCGCCGUCGCAGGCACCUCCGCCGCCGCAGGCACCUCCGCCGCCGCCGCAGGCACCACCGCCUGAGAGUCCCCUAGCCAACGACAAAGGGGAGGCGCCCACCUUCAUCGUGGGCGAGAUGACUGAUGUCAGCGCUCCGUUGCCGGGGCUCGGCGAACUCAACGGCAGCAUCCAGUCGGCGGCCUGCGAGGCUUAGAAUACAGAAUGUUUACAUUUUGCUCUUUUGUUUAGACCUCCACAAGGAGACAAUUUCUUUUUCUCCUUUUAGAUAGCAUAUGUGGACGUUUCUCCUUUGAACCACCCUGGCGGUUUGAAUACGUUUAUUAUACGUACAUUGGCCACAUUUGCUCAUAUUUGAUUCGCCUGUAGGAUGUAAACAUCUUAAGAAUGACAUUCUGCAAGCAACUCUGAACACUAAGGCUUAUCUAGCAGGGCGCUAAUAGUUCUCUGUGUGAUGUCACACAGUCGGUAGUUGUACUUGUAUUAAUCAGGGGGAAAACCAAAUGUAUCAUGAAGUGAAUCUACUUUGCUAGUAUUUUUCGGCAGCCUCCUGCCCACCAAUUUUGUCCGAGACAUUCCUAAUACAGCUGGACAUAUAGGUGAACACACAAGAGUAUCUGUGGUGUCGUAUAUAGCGCAGGGAUUAUAUUUGUCUUUAGUCUUGGCAGUAUUCAGACUCUUUUUUUUGGGUGCUUCGAUAAAACAUUUUUGUCUGACACAGUGGCCAUUAAGGGACAAAAACAAAAACAGUAUACGCCAACUUUGUUUUGAGGCUUAUGAUGAUGAAAUUUGUGAUUGUUUAUUCCAAUUAUUCUUCGACACUACAUACUGUAUAGUGGAACAUCAGACAUUACAGUAAAGCAUCUGACGCUACAGUAGACUCUCGGCCCUAUUUUCGUGUCGUCAGGGCAGUUUUCUUUCUUUUGGUAUUUUUGUAGACGCAAGUUAGAAAGGGGUGUUUGCGCCGUUGUGAGAGAAAAAAGUCGACUAGUUUCCAGGCCAAUGAAUGGCUCCGAUCAUUCCUUUUAAAUUCACCGCAGGAGAACCCUGUGCUGAAGUCAGUGCAGAAGACUGAAGAGGGCAAAAUAUGUUUCUAAGGAACUACAAGCAGGCGUCCACUGUAAAGAGCUAUUAUGGAUCACCACUGAGAAGAAGGAGUGAAAAAAAACAACAACAGCAGUUUUAAGGGUGUAUUUUUAGAACAGGUUCAGGAGCUACUCAUGUGGUGCCUUGCAGGAGACUAUCUGACACUACAAUACACCGUUUCACUCUAUAGAGGGUCUUAUAAGACUAUAGACCAGUUGACACCACAGUAGGCCAUUUGACACUACAGUAGACAAUCUGAGUAAACAUCAGACACAACUGCGGACCAUCUAUGAAUGCAGAGUAGGACAGAAUUAGUUAGUCAUAUGAUGCAAUAGUGGAUCCACCUGAUACUAAAGUUGUGAAGCGGGCAGGCCAUCAGACACAUACGUAGACCAUCGGACAUGACAGUAGGCCAUCGGACACGACUCUAAUGCUAUUUGAAUUGGAAUUGGAGUGUUAUCAUCCCUGAAAAUUCUGAUUCUGUCUUAAUUCCUGGCUAAAGUGCUAUGAAGCACAAAUCACAACCUAACUGUGUAUAAAUGUGGUGUUUUUACUCAUUUUUUCAGUAACAACAGUA